AUGUUGAGAAGUUGUGUGAUUGACUUCCGAGGCAGUUGGGAGGAUUACCUGCCGCUAGCAGAAUUUGCGUAUAACAACAGCUAUCAGUCUAGCAUUCAGAUGGCACCCUACAAGGCAUUAUAUGGUCGUAGGUGUCACACACCUUUAUGUUGGACUGAGUUGGGCGAGCAGCGUGUCCUUGGUCUUGAGCUAGUUUCUGAUACCGAGGAUAAAGUUAGGUGGAUUCUAGACCAACUGAGAGCGGCAUCUGAUAGGCAGAAGCCCUACGCCGACCUGAAGCGUAGAGAGAUUGAGUUUUCAGUGGGGGACUUCGUUUUUCUCAAGGUCUCACCGUGGAAGAAGAUUCACAACGUGUUUCACGUGUCUAUGUUGAGGCGCUACUGCUCUGAUCACACACAUAUUAUUCUAGUAGAGGACAUUGAGGUUAGACCAGAUCUAACUUUUGAGGAGGAGCCAGUUCAGAUAUUGGAGCGAGAUGUAAAGGUUCUAAGAAGAAAAUCUAUCCCAUUUGUUAAAGUUUUUCGGCGUAAUCAUAGCUCUGAGGAGGCCAUGUGGGAGCCUAAGGAUGCGAUGCGACAACAGUAUCCUCAUCUGUUUUGA